AGUUUCAAACUUCCGACUUGUAAGCAUUAUAUUACAUGAUUCAGCUUCGGAGCUGAAAGAUUAAGUUUUGCUUUGAUAUUUGUCAUAUGUUAAGACUUAUUUAAAGAUAACACUGCUUGGAUAUAAUUAUGAAGGAACUACUGACGUGUUUUAUUCUUGCUGUGCUGGUCAAUCAAGCUCACAGCGCAUGCUCCGCAACGUUAGGUGAUGUCACUGCGGAACUAGCAUCACUGGCCAACAUCAGCACAGCAGACCCAACUGCGGCAUACGAUGGGUUAAACCAAACGUGCUCCAGCUUGAACAAAAAGCGUAACUCCUCGGACUGCACAUGGGAAGAGUUGGACGCCCUCAUCGACAUAAGGAUUCACCUCCUGACAGCCCGCCCGGAGUUGCAGGUCUUUGCACCGGCCUUCCGGAAUUUACGUACUCUCUGUGUUGACAACUGCUACCGCCCUUGGCUAGGGGCUAUGACCAUCAAGCCCCAUAUAAACAACGCAAACUUCUACCUGACCGUACGCGCGGGAACAGGGUAUCAGUCAUGCAGUACCGUAGAAAUAAGGGAGACAAUUCCGUGUGUUCAGGGAAUGACACCGCCCUGCUACAAGACGACCGCCGUUAAAAACUGCACGUUCGCCGACGGGCUGUACCGGGAGGUUGCAAACAUCUCGUACAUAUGUCAUCUCCCCGACACGUUUUUCGAUAUGGCCACGGAGGUGAUAUCAGGCUGGGUCAAGUGUAAGGCAAACGUAACUGAUAAGCCUUUCGGAGAUGCUGUGGACUAUGACCGUUUCACAUUGACUAGCCUGCUCGCCUUAAAGAUGGACAGUUGUAACAAAAUACGCACAGAUGGGUUGUCUUGCAAGUUCCUCCAGUCCAGCAGUCCGGAGUUCAAGCUGUGUAUGAGUAACGCCCAGCGUGACUACACCGCCAUCAGCGACAGUGACAAGGACAUGGCGGAUCUGAGAUGCAGACGAAAUAGCUGUGCCGACGAGUUUAUCACCGAAUGCAACGUGAACGAAAGUAAGGAGAACGUAUCCAGGAUCUAUAUGUUGGCUGCAAACAUACGUAAUGGUCACGUGUUCGACUUGUACUGCGACGCAUGUGCGAACAUCAUGGCGUCCGCUUACGUCAUCAUGGCUUCCCUUCUGAUAUUCUGGACAUUAUAGAGAUAUAUCUACAUCUAACAUCGAAUAAUGUUUAACGCAAAGAAAAAUAAACCCAGACCUUUUAUUUUGCUUCAAAAGUUAGAUAUAGUUUAGAAUUAUAUCUACAUAACUAUAUAUAUACGUUAUUUUAAAUGUUUAUAUAUGAGACCUGGAAGUUUCCAAACUUGCAGAAAAGAAAAUGUUUAAAAACUUUAAAAAUACAAAAUUAUAAACUGAAUUAUAAACGUGUGCUUGCUCUUAAAAAUUGGAACAAUAUCAUGUUUGUUCGCCUGAAGUACUAUUAACUAUUUGAACUUCAUCAUGUUUGCACGUCUGCAGCGUACUAUUACUAUUUCAACUUCAUCAUGUAUGCUUGUCUGCAGCGUACUAUUAACUAUUUGAACUUCAUCAUGUAUGCACGUCUGCAGCGUACUAUUACUAUUUCAACUUCAUCAUGUAUGCUUGUCUCCAGCGUACGAUUAACUGUUUCAACUUCAUGAUUGCUCGUCUGCAGCAUACUAUUAACUUUUUGAACUUCAUGUUUGCUCGUCUGAAGCGUACUAAUAACUAUUUGAACUUCAUCAUGUAUGCACGCCUGCAGCGUACUAUUAACUAUUUGAACAUCAUCAUGUUGACACGUCUGCAGCGUACUAUUGACUAUUUGAACUUCAUCAUAUUUGCUCAUCUGCAGCGUACUAUUUACUUUUUGAACUAAAUCAUGUAUACACGUCUGCAGCGUUCUAUUAACUAUUUGAACUUUAUCAUGUAAGCUCGUCUGCUGCGUACUCUUUAUCAUGCUUGCAACACUUUCAAUGUAAAGUGGAUGUCGAGAGAAAGCUCUCUUUAUAAAAGUUACUGGCUUUGUAUGUUUGUACAAAAAACACGGUUUUCAUUUCCUUUGGUAUUUUAGUUAAUAAUUCAAUUCUAUACUCUUUUUCUUAUCAUUCAAAUAAACGAUGUUUUUUCGAUAAUCAUGUCUUUUAUAUACUCAUAUGCCCAUCAUCAUCAUCAUCAUCAUCAUCAUCAUCAUCAUCAUCAUCAUCAUCAUCAUCAUCAUCAUCAUCAUCAUCAUCAUCAUCAUCAUCACCAUCAUCAUCAUCAUCAUCAUCAUCAUCAUCAUCAUCAUCGUCAUCAUCAUCAUCAUCAUCAUCACCACCACCACCACCACCAACACCACCAACUACACCAUCUCCACCACCACCACCACCAACACCACCAUUAGCGUCGCCGUCGGCAACGGCAUCAUCAUCAACAUCAUCAUUAUCAAUGCGUGCUCUCUCCAUUACUGACAUAUACUCAUUCAUAUUUUAUAAAAUAUUCAUAGGUCAACUGCUCUUUUCAAAUGUUUCAAAUACUUCAAAAUAUCAAUUUAUCAACUCUUAUCUCCAGACAGGACACUUUUUUGUAAACUUCAACUUGAACAGUUUCAAGGGUGGAUCGACCCUUAUCAAACAAAACAACUAGUAUGAAGUUAUUGUAACAUACUUCCUGAUGUUUUAAAGACUGUUUUCAUUAAUUUCUUUUAUUGUUUAGCUAAUAGAAAGUUUUUUAUUUGUUUAUAACAACUGUUUUUGAAUAAUAAAGUUUAACCAUU